AUGUCUAGUGUGUCCUCACAAUCCCCAUCCCCUGCCAAUCCAAUCGAGUUCUACGAGCCUCUUCACGAACGUGAUGGACUUCCUCAGUCCUCGAAUGGAAUGCAUUCAGUUGCAUCGCCCUCAGCCAAGUUGACGCGAACUGUCGCGAUAAUCAAGACAAACGCAUUAGAGCAGCGUCUAGACAUCGAACACCGUCUUCUGGAGGCAAAUUUCGAGAUAGUCAAAGAACGCCAAAUGGAGUUUGAUACGGAGACAAAUCCCGACACAUUCUUCGAGCUUUUCGGCGAUGAUGCUCGCGGUCCAGUCUGGGUCUAUAUUCUUGAGCGCAGACGCGCUGUCCAAGUUCUCCUCACACUAAUGCCUUCACUUAAUGAUGCAAUAAUAGGCGCAAAGCACGAAGAGCAAGCAGAAAUACAAAUAGCGUCUAUAUUUGCCUCCAGCCCACCCUUUCCCGUCAGUGAUCUCCCUGCAGCCGAUGGAGAGCUAGGUUCAGAUGACGAAUUCGACCCCUGGUUCUGUUUAAGUGCCCCUUCAGGCGUACUUACACCAUCCUCUAUGUCUUCAGAUGCGCGUGCACCACAAUUUUCAGCACGCCCGAGCCUCAGUUCCAAUGGAUCACCCAGCGGAAAGCAACCAUUUCGUGCACGACCACUUCCAAAAACGCAUCUUACUCCUGAUAUUUCUCCACGCACAACAAAAGCCGCCCUUCUUCGCCAAGGGCUGGCUACAGACGGAUCCAAAGCGUCCCCACUCAAAUCACGAAUGUCUACAGCUAGUACUGGCCGCAUCCCACUUCUUCGUAGGGAGAAAGAGAACGCAGCGGAGAAAGAGAUAGAGAAAGAAAGGAUCAAGAGGACGUUUGCAGGCGUUCCAGGCCACAAGCGCUCUGAGACGCUUGCCGUUGCGUCUACUGCUCCACCCACCAUUACCCCGAGGUUGACCAAGGCAGCCGCCCUGCGGUUGGGCCUGGCCCAGCCCACUUUACCUCCUGGGCGGAGGCGUGCAUCGAUAGCUGGCUCGGUCAUAAAUGGAAAGGCAGCAGUCAGCACCAAUGGACCUGCUGUCUCCUCGCCGAAAUCUUGUUUACCUAACGAUGCCGAGGGAGAAGGCGAAGAUACGGAGACUGAGCGGGGGUGCGAACGCAAAAAUAUCUUUGACGGUGUUCCUGGGCACAAGCGUCGCCAAUCGAUAUCCGUCGCAAGUACAACUGAAGCUCCGUCUAUAGUUCCCAGAACCAACAGGACUGCAGCUCUCAGAAAGCAGGGCGGACCUCCCCCGAGCAGCUUCAUGUUUCGCACUCCGUCCGCUCCCAAGGUGCCUGGCAGUGCUGGCACUCAGUCGAGAAGCAGCUCUUCUCUCAGCGCUUAUCUUGACAGCGCCGGAACAGACUCUGCUACUCGGACCCGUUCAAGUUCCACGGUGCCGUCUCAGGCAUCUUCCCGUGUCUCCCAUAUCGCUCCGAGGGCAAGUUUAAACAACACCAGUAGCUACUCCUCUCAAACUUCUGAGAGUUCUGCGGUGAGCACUACGAGCACUGCUAGCGUGGAUGAGCUCGACAAAGCCGCAUCACCUCAACGAUCGGUGCGCCGCCUGAGCAGCCUCCAGGCUCCCUCUAUCGCUCCCCGCGCCAACAAGAGCGCCAUUCUCAGGGCUCAAAAGAUGGCGGCAGAAGCGGCCAAACCAAAGAGCCCUUGGGCCAAUGCUUCUAAGCGGUAG